AGUGCCAGUCAGGCACGUGUACGGUCGCAUGGUGUGGGGUCCUUCUACUCACGGUCGAGAGCGGAUGACGCCAGAGGAAUACGAUAGCGCUUCACUUUGAAUCGACGACGGGGUUUAUUUUUUAUCUGUGACACUUAAGCUUUGGCAAGGAUGACUGAGAAUGAUGUGGACAACGAGCUGUUGGAUUAUGAAGAGGAUGAAGUGGAGGCAGCGGGCGUGGCUGAAGUGGGGAGUGGGGACGGCAUGUCAGUAAGGAAGGAAGGAGUGAAGGGCUCCUAUGUAUCCAUUCACUCCUCUGGAUUCAGAGACUUCCUGCUGAAACCAGAGCUGCUCAGGGCCAUAGUGGACUGUGGAUUUGAGCAUCCAUCUGAGGUUCAGCAUGAGUGCAUCCCGCAGGCAAUCCUUGGUAUGGAUGUACUAUGUCAAGCUAAGUCUGGGAUGGGGAAGACUGCAGUGUUUGUUCUGGCUACCCUGCAGCAGCUGGAGCCUGUAACUGGACAGGUAUCUGUCCUGGUGAUGUGCCACACCAGAGAGCUGGCUUUUCAGAUCAGCAAGGAGUAUGAGAGAUUUUCCAAGUAUAUGCCAACUGUCAAGGUGGCCGUGUUCUUUGGCGGUCUGUCCAUUAAGAAGGAUGAGGAAGUCCUGAAGAGAGAGUGUCCUCAUGUAGUGGUGGGAACGCCGGGCCGGAUCUUGGCACUGACUCGCAACAAGACUCUCAACCUGCGGCACAUUAAACAUUUUAUCCUGGACGAGUGUGACAAGAUGCUUGAGCAACUUGACAUGCGCAGAGACGUCCAGGAGAUUUUUCGUAUGACACCCCAUGAGAAGCAGGUCAUGAUGUUCAGUGCCACCCUGAGCAAAGAGAUUCGUCCCGUCUGCAGAAAGUUCAUGCAAGAUCCAAUGGAAAUCUUUGUGGAUGAUGAGACCAAGCUGACUCUGCACGGGCUGCAGCAGUACUACGUCAAGCUGAAGGACAACGAGAAGAACAGGAAGCUUUUUGAUCUGCUCGAUGUGUUGGAGUUCAAUCAGGUGGUCAUCUUUGUCAAGUCUGUCCAGCGUUGUGUAGCUCUGGCUCAGCUGCUGGUGGAACAGAACUUCCCUGCUAUUGCCAUCCACCGAGGGAUGCCUCAGGAAGAACGUUUAUCUCGGUACCAGCAGUUCAAGGACUUCCAGAGGAGAAUCCUGGUGGCCACCAACCUGUUUGGUCGAGGGAUGGACAUCGAGAGAGUCAACAUUGCCUUCAACUAUGACAUGCCAGAAGACUCAGACACUUACCUCCACAGGGUUGCUAGGGCUGGCAGGUUUGGCACCAAAGGCCUGGCCAUCACCUUUGUCUCUGAUGAGGGUGACGCACGCACUCUCAAUGAUGUACAGGACCGCUUUGAGGUGAACAUCAGCGAGCUGCCCGAUGAGAUUGACAUCUCCUCCUACAUUGAACCAACACGAUAAAGACCAGAUGGAUCACUCUGCGUUUUGCAGACGCUUUGUUUUGUAUUUGCAAUUUAACACUGAUGAUAGAUGCAGUUUGUCUUUAUAUCAAACUGGACAUGUCAAACAACAUAUUUUCCUAAUCCUAUGACAUAAUUUGUUUUUGAAUGAUUAAAACUGGACACAGGAUUGUUGUGUAGCGCCUUCUGCAGAUAGAAAUAAGGAUGUCAGAAAAUUGACUUUUUCAUUGUUUGUUUUUAUUUUGGUUUGUUUGGUUUAUUUAAGUUUCAAAUGUCAGUACUUGUCACUGGAUAUUUUAUUAUGUUGUCUUAUGAAGCACAGGUAGCUCAUUUUAUAGGUGUUAUAAGUUAACUUGUUACCAGAGGCAGUUUCUAGAACUGACAAUAGAAAAGAGGAAAUGUAUGUAGGGAAAAGAAAAUGCUGUUUAGCACUGUGUGGAUUAAUAAAUCUGUUUUUUGGCUG